UGUAUACUCAGUGCGACAUCUCGGUACCGAACAUCUACAUACAGCAGAAUCCUCGAGUAGUCCCUGGAAGAGCCGCGUAGAUCAUGGCUCUUGAGUUCACCUCAACGAUGAUACAGACUCCCGGCGCCAACAUUGCUGUUACGACUCGUCCAUCACCACGCGAGGUCAACGCCGCGAAACUACCACCGAUACCAUCCAUUUCGGACUCAUCAACACAACCCCAUAGCGUCCUCCUUCUCGACCCAAGAUACAUAACCGACGAUUUCGACAAAUUGCGUUUCGAGGCCGUGGCACAUGAACAACUCAUCAUUGGCAACGACCAAUUUCUGCAGACUGCAGGCCGUAGCUCUAAGCCGCUGGCAUCGGGACCAGAGAUCACCAAAACUGUCUCUGAAACCGCGCAGCCAUUCUCCGCACUUCUCAUCUCCUCCCCGUACAACACCCCAGGCCACUACCUCGACCUCUCCUCUCCGCAUCUGACUACCCCGUCCCGACUCCUCGCACUAGCUCUUACAGUGCUCAAACCGGCGACCUCUACCUACGCAACCUCACCUUAUAGCCAGGCCCUGAACUUCGACUCCGUCCUAACCGCUCUCCGCGAUCUAACCCAAAGGGGAAGCUUCACCUGGAAAGAGACCAGCUUCUAUGUCGUGGUCUUCCGCUCACAGCUCAAAGAAGGCAUCGAUGAAGAGUAUCUGUACCGACUCGAUGAAGAAUCUCAUUGGGAGGCGUGUGAGAGUGGGGGGUUGUUAAAGUAUUGGUUUGGCAAGGCAGAUGGGGAAAGGAGAAAUCUUGCCACCUGCUUCUGGCAUAGCAAGGAAGAUGCGUACAGGGGAGGGUUGGGACCGUGGCAUCGGAAGGCGAGAGCUGCGGGACGCGAGCUGUACGAGAGUAUCGUGUUUAGUACGUACAGAUUCACGGUGAUGAAUGGAGCGGAGGCGUAUGAGUUUGAGGAGUGGGUCAAGUGAGGUGGGGUGGCUAGUGCGAUGGAUAUAGGCAAGAUUUGUGGAAGUGUUCGAUCAUGCAAGGACGGAAGAACGUGGUAGGACCUGAGAAGACGACAAAGGCAGAUUCAAAGGUGAAGAGGGAAUACAUGGGAAAGAAAGUAGAGAAAUGUGUAGCUGAAAGAAAUAGUGCAACGGUAGUGGAAAUGUACAGCAUUCAAUAGCCCAA